GAGAGGUCAGGAACAGACCCUCCCCUCACAGCCCUCAGGAGGAACCAGCCUUGCUGACACCUCAUCUGGGACAUCUAUCUUCCAGAACUGGCAGGCUCUGUUUUUCAGCAGUCACUGGACUUUGGCACAAUGACUUCUCAGUUUCUGGCUUAUGUGGCAAUUUCAGCUUUCUGUGUCUUAAAAGCCAGCUCCCUGGAUACUUUCAUUGCAGCUGUUUAUGAGCAUGCAGUGAUAUUGCCCAAUGCCACCCUAACACCAGUGUCUCGUGAAGAGGCGUUGGAAUUAAUGAGCCAGAAUCUAGAUGUCUUGGAAGGAGCAAUCACGGCAGCAGCAAAGCAGGGUGCACAUAUUAUUGUGACUCCGGAAGAUGCUAUUUAUGGCUGGAACUUCUCCAGGGAAACUCUCUACCCAUACUUGGAGGAUAUCCCAGACCCUCAAGUAAACUGGAUCCCCUGUAAUGAUCCUAACAGAUUUGGCCACACCCCAGUACAAGAAAGACUCAGCUGCCUGGCCAAGAACAACUCUAUCUACGUUGUAGCAAAUAUUGGAGACAAGAAGUCAUGCAACACCAGUGACCCACAGUGUCCUCCUGAUGGCCGUUACCAAUACAACACUGAUGUGGUAUUUGAUUCUCAGGGAAAACUUGUGGCACGCUACCAUAAGCAAAAUCUUUUCAUGGGAGAAGAUCAAUUCAAUUUACCCAAGGAGCCUGAGGUUGUGACUUUCAAUACCACCUUUGGAAGGUUUGGCAUUUUCACGUGCUUCGAUAUACUCUUCCAUGAUCCUGCUAUUACCUUGGUAAAAGAUUUCCAUGUGGACACCAUACUCUUCCCAACAGCUUGGAUGAAUGUUUUGCCACUUUUGUCAGCUAUUGAAUUCCACUCAGCAUGGGCUAUGGGCACGGGUGUCAAUUUUCUUGCAUCCAACAUACAUUAUCCCUCAAAGAACAUGACAGGAAGUGGCAUCUAUGCACCUGAUUCUCCAAGAGCAUUUCAUUAUGAUAUGAAGACAGAGAAGGGAAAACUCCUUCUCGCACAACUGGAUUCCCACCCUUACCACCCUGUAGUGGCAAAUUGGACUGCUUAUGCCAGCAGUACAGAAGCACUCUCAAGGGGAAACAAGGAAUUUAAGAGCAUUCUCUUUUUUGAUGAAUUUACCUUCGUGGAGCUCACAGGAGCCAUGGGAAAUUACACCGUUUGUCAGAAAGAUCUCUGCUGUCAUCUAAGCUACAAGAUGUCUGAGAAGAGAUCAGACGAAGUUUAUGCCCUAGGGGCAUUUGAUGGACUGCAUAUUGUUGAAGGACGCUAUUACCUACAGAUUUGCACUCUGUUGAAGUGUGCAACAAAUGACUUAAACACUUGUGGUGACCCAGUUGAAACUGCUUCCACCACGUUUGAGAUGUUCUCCCUCAGUGGCACUUUUGAAACCCAGCAUGUCUUCCCUGAGGUGUUGCUGAGUGAAAUUCAGCUUGCACCUGGAGAAUUUCAGGUAUCAAGUGAUGGACGCUUGUUCAGCCUGAAGCCAAUAUCUGCACCUGUAUUAACAGCAACUCUGUUUGGGAGGUGGUAUGAGAAGGAUGGGGCAUUAAAUGUUUCAUCAGCCCUCACGGCACAGGCACUAAUAAUAAUGCUAAUAGUUAUAACACCUAUUGUAUACUCAAUAUAUUGGUAAAAUAUUUAUAUUUUCCAUUUUAUUUUGGAUAAUUUAAAUAAUGACAGAUGAGAAAAGGAUUGGUCUGGAUUUUUGCUAAUUGCGGUCUCUGGUGUAAAUGAAUUACUAAUAUACAUUUAUGUAGCACACAC